UUUGUUGCGACCGCAACUCGUGCAUCACACUUCGGGCAAUUUUUUACAAUUGCUCGACUUUUUACCAUUGCUUUUCGGUAAAUGUGACUAUUCAAUAAUCAAUUCACUUUUUUCACCUCUUCGCAUCGACGCAAAAAUCAAAACAAACAAAAUUUUGUGUAUGUGUUUAUUGCAGACCGAUUGGCACUUUUAUUUUGUAAGUGAUGUUUAUUAGUCUUCCAUCAUUGUUUUGACAUUUCACUGUCAUUCGUGCAUACAGCGCUGUGGGCGGUCAAUGUUUCAACUGCAAACAUAUUUUGAUUUAAAUUCAUUUCUGGUUACCAUAACAAUUUUUUGGAAUAAUAAACAUUACAAAACAUACUGUAGUUGUGUGAAUGUUGUCAACAAAAUAAUUUAUCAAAAAUUAAAACAGCAUGGAAGCAAGUGAAUAUUUUUUUAUAAAUAUAACGGGACACAUUGAUUUUGCUUACUAUCCCAUUGGUUUUGAUGGUCAGAAAUUAUUUGUUCGGUAUGAUGUAGUGGCUGGCCCAGACUGGGAACUCAUUUCGGGUUUCAGUUCGGGCGUUACACAAAAUGCAAGCGUUGGACAAUCAAAUGAUAAAGUUGUAUUUAAUAUGCCAAUGGAAAUAAUGUUCAAAUCAACGAAUCCAUUUGGAUGGCCACAAAUCGUAUUUAGUUUGUAUGGAACGAAUUGGUGGGGAGCGGAAUCGUCAAAAGGAUAUGCACGAAUGCAUGUACCACUUGGUGGAAAACGAACAACAAUACGAGCUCCAAUUUUAACUGCACAAUGCUCAAAUCUAUGGUCAUCAUUAUCCAGCUGGUUUACGGAUCGAAGUCCUGAAUUACGUGAUCCAAAAAUAUUGCUGGAGGGCACCAAAAACAAAGGUCUCAACAUGGAAUCUUAUGGUGAAUUAGUCGUAACAUUACAGUCAAUUACAAGAGGCGGUGAUGCAUUGUCCUUGGAAUGGAACUAGUACGAUAACAUGAAUUGAGAUCACGAAAUGCAAAAUCGGCGUAUUUUUUUUUUGAUUAGCUGUAUAUUUCGCUAUAUUUAACACAUCUAUGUAAAAAGCUGAGACUACAAUAUUUGGUUUUCAUUUGCGUCAUUCACAAAAUAUGUACCAAAUAUUCGUUUAGAAAAUUUUUGUUUUUUAUUUUGAUUUUUGCGGUGUU